GACCCCCCCAACCUUCCCCCCCGUCGCUUCCAGCUGCCCACCCCAGCCUAGUCUCCUCUGGGUGGCCUGAGAGAGUCUGAUCCUUCUGCACCUUCAUCGUUUUCCGAAUUCCACCCAACCGACCCCCACCCCCUUUCAAAAUCCGCUUCUCCUUAUUCCGAAAGUUCCCGUCUCGUAGCUCCACGCCUCUGAUUCCCUUUCAUUCCUCUGGAAGGCACUCGCCUCCUUCUUUUUUUAAUUGCUAAUAUUAAAGUAAGGUGUUCCCUGCUUCCUCUGCCCCAUAUCUCCCAGGAAGACUUUGCCCUGCCUACUUCCAGUGCAACUUUUCUCUGGUGCUGGCCGCGUGUGUGGCCAAGCUCUCUCUCCGCCACUACUCCUGUUGUCUUGAGAAACCCUCUUUCCCGAGUCUGCCUACCCCACCUUGCUUCUUGUAUGUAAACAAGUUUCGUUGUUGUACUCCUUGUUGCCCUUCCUCUCAUUUUUUGCAUUGCAUACUUACUUUGCUUUUAAAUUUCAACCCUCACACUAAGCUUUCUGCAUGCUAGUUCUUAGAGGCUUGACCUGUUUAUGCAAAUAGUAUCUCCUCUUCUAUAUGUAGUAUUUUAGGGGGACAUGUAAAGACCACUAACACUGAUCUGACUUGUUGGGCUUCUUAACUUCUUUGAAAUACUCCAUUUGUGGUGGUUGUAAUAAUUCUGGUCUGCUGUAAUAAUUGGGUUGGGGAAGACCUUGCUUGUAAACUGCUUUCCUCCCCCCCCCCCCGCUCUGGUAGUCUUGAGGCUGAAGAGGAGGAUGCCAAGGAAAUUGCUGUUACCUUAUAGAUCUGUGUUUUCUCACCCUCGAGCUCCAAGGGGUUUGUAUGAUUCCUUGGCAAUGAACGCAGCCAGAAGUGGCUACCGGGUCUUCUCGGCAAACUCCACAGCAGCCUGCACAGAGCUGGCGAAGAAAAUCACUGAGCGACUUGGUGCUGAGCUCGGAAAAUCUGUGGUAUAUCAGGAAACCAAUGGAGAAACAAGGGUUGAAAUAAAAGAAUCUGUUCGAGGUCAGGAUGUGUUCAUUAUUCAGACAAUACCCAGAGAUGUGAACACUGCGGUGAUGGAACUGUUAAUCAUGGCUUAUGCACUGAGGACGUCCUGUGCCAAAAAUAUCAUUGGGGUAAUUCCCUACUUCCCCUACAGCAAACAAAGCAAGAUGAGGAAGAGAGGCUCUAUAGUCUGCAAACUCCUUGCUUCCAUGUUGGCCAAAGCAGGCUUAACACACAUCAUCACUAUGGAUCUUCAUCAAAAAGAAAUCCAGGGAUUUUUCAGCUUUCCUGUUGAUAACCUGAGGGCUUCCCCUUUCUUGCUUCAGUAUAUACAAGAAGAGAUUCCUGAUUACAGAAAUGCAGUAAUUGUAGCAAAGAGUCCUGAUGCUGCUAAGAGGGCCCAGUCUUAUGCAGAGCGGCUACGGCUAGGACUAGCGGUUAUCCAUGGGGAGGCUCAGUGCACAGAGCAAGACAUGGAUGAUGGACGUCACUCUCCUCCAACAGUAAAAAAUACUACUCUGCACACUGGUCUGGAGCUACCCUUUAUGAUGGCCAAAGAGAAGCCACCAAUAACAGUAGUUGGAGAUGUUGGAGGUAGAAUUGCCAUCAUUGUGGAUGACAUCAUUGAUGAUGUGGAAAGCUUUGUGGCAGCUGCAGAAAUCCUGAAAGAGCGUGGUGCUUAUAAGAUCUUCAUCAUGGCAACUCAUGGGCUUUUGUCUGCUGAUGCUCCACGUCUAAUUGAAGAGUCAUCAAUUGAUGAGGUGGUGGUCACCAAUACAGUUCCUCAUGAAGUGCAGAAACUGCAGUGUCCCAAGAUAAAGACUGUGGAUAUCAGUUUGAUCCUCUCUGAAGCCAUCCGCCGAAUCCACAAUGGGGAAUCCAUGGCUUACCUCUUCCGCAACAUUACCAUGGAUGAUUAGAUUCUCUUUAUCAUUCCCACAUCCUCAUUCCUUAAAUAGAAGAGAGAAAAGAAAUGUGCAAGGAAAUAUGCAUGAAUCGGCAGUGCCAUAAAGUUGAUGCUAUUUGGGUGGGGGAAGCAUUAUUAUGGGUCUGGGUGUCAAGAGACUGAUGCCGUGAGGCCCAGGUAUUUCAAUUUCACUGGCCAACAGUUCUCGGAGCCAGCUAGAUCAGGGUGCAAAUAGGCAUUGCAUUCUGUUUUAAAAACCGAUACUAGUGGUGGCCUUCUGUUCUUGUUCAGCAAAUCUUGUGUAUUCAAUUGCUUACAGAGAUUUGACUUCAUAAAUUCUCUAGUCAUGCAUGUCUUCAAGCUCUAUGGAAGGAGGUGUGAUUCUUCUUGCACUGCUGGAAUGUGCAAUGCCCUCUUACUGCCUUUGGAGCCAUUCUUAAUAUGGGUGCAGCAGAGCUUCCUCUUGUGAAACCAUCUACACAUAGGUACAUUUUACUGCAGUCUAGGUAAUUUGAUCAGCAAUAACAUAGCAUGAUGCUAAGGGGUUCCAAAGUCAUGGUAGAAACUAGAAUGUGCUACCUCUCCUCCUCUAUAGAGCCCUAGGUUCCAGUUCUGCCUAGCUGGCCAUGUAACAAGAGUAUAUAACAUUUUAAGACUCUUGCUACAGUAUGUGAGUAAAUUUGUAAGAUUAAGUACGGUCUAAUGGGAUUUGCUUCUGGUGGUAUUCUGUGUUCCUUCAUGGGCAAAAAUUAAAGCACAUCGGCCAGAAAGUAUAGAAACAUCCAUGUAAUACCUUCCUGUGUGUUUUACACAGCUGUACUCUUGAUGCACAAUGGUAAAUCUAGAACAGUUUUUUAUCUGUUGCGUCCCUAAGAGAGAAUUCUAUAGUGCUAUCUAUUAACAUAUAGGGUGAUUCUGCCUGCUGCCCAGUGCAGUGUUUCUUAAAACAUUUUACUGAGAAGGUAUGCAAAAUUCAAAUCUUUUUGAGACAGUCCCAUUAUAUGGCAGCCUCCAGCUAACAGUGAAACUGCCUACCCCUUGUGCUGUGUUCUCCUAGGGUGCUAGUGUUUGACCUGUAAGAUUCCUGCAACUGUCUAGCAUAACCUUUUCUUUGUACCUUUCGGUUGUUGAGGUCCAAUGACUCCCAGCCUCCCUGGUCAUUGAGUCAUGCUGGCUGGGGUUGAUGAAGCUGUAGUCCAGUAACACCUGGAGGGCCCUAAGUUCCCCAUUCCUGAUCUAAGCAAUAGAACGCUUGGUCAUUAGUAAGAAUGAAUAGCAUACUUAUAUGACAAAUUACCAACCUCUUUAAGGUCUGCUAAGUAACAAAACACUCCCUUCAAGACAGUUCACAAAAGCAGCUAGUGUUAAUUGUAUUUACUCUGAUAACUGUUUGAUUAAAAGCAAGAAUGUUGCAUUUGCCAACUACUGGAGGCCUAAGGCUGUCGUUCCACUCUGACUGGGCAAUUGGGGUGAGAGAUCACUAGGUACCAGCCACAGUCACUGCUUGGCUGCCUGGUGGCUGCUACUCAAAAGCCCACUCAGUGUUACUAGCUAUCAUAGAGAUGGAGAAAAGGGAAGCAAGCCUGAUGCUGCCCACCAUACUGAUCUGGCAGUUCCCUUUGAGGGAGCCCCUGGAACAUGACCCAGUCCUUUGCUCUGCAGUGGCUCUGCCUGGUCCAAUCCAUUUAGCCCUGCUUCCCCGCUUUGGGCCCAGUUGUUCCCUUUCAUUUUCUAGGACCAGACCCUAUUUCUUUUUAACAGUUCAGCUGAAGGAAGAUUUAGAUCAAGGUAGCUUUUUCCUUAUCACGUGUGAUGGUGUAACAGGAGAAAAACUGCACCUGAUGAAAUACUUAUUCCUGAGAGUGGACUUAAAGGGAUUGAAGGUCUAAGAAACUCUACACCUCUGGCCAUAGUUCUUGUCAGCUUCCAAACCCCCUCUCCUGGCCACCUUGUUAUUUUAACAACUCAAAUCACCAUGUGAGGGGUUUUCCCCAAGUCCCACUUUAUCAACUCCACCAGCUCUUUGCUUCAGUCUACGAUUGAACCAGUAGUAAACCUUCGUCUUGGCUCACUGCCCCCCAGCUCCCUACUGAGAGUGGCUCUGACCAUUACAACACAGGCUCCUUCUACAGUGUAAUGACUAAAGCAGUGGAGGUGUGAGAAUUCCAAAUACUCACUGCCACUGUGGACAUGAGGCACCAGAAGCUUAGAAAGAGGAUGUAUGAAUCAUCCUUUUGGCACGCUUUGUAGCAGCCAAACCACUUAGGUCCUUGGCUCACAACAGCUCUUCUUAUCUCAGCCUCUUGCAUAGGACCUUUUCCCAGUCAAACUGAAGACAGAUACUGUAUACUAUGUUCUGUUCCAGAAAUUUCACGUCUCAAGCUUUUGCCUGGCCUGAGCAUCGGGCUUGCUUUCAAUAAGUCAGCUUUCAUUAACUCAGCAGUUAGAAGACUAAUUAACACUCCAUGGUGUCAUAGCUGCUCAGCCAAUUGCUGUCAGAAGCUUUACUACCAAGGAGUAUUUUUUUGUUUACGGCAUUACAAUAGAGAAUACACAGGGGCAGCCAACAUGCCCUUCAGGUGUUGCUGGAAUAGCUGCAACAGGUGGAGGUUGGUGUCCAGCAACUUAUUGAGUGCAUUCCAUUGACUACACCUGGAUUAUAGGAUCUUGAGAGUGCAUUCAAAUACUUGUAUUGAAAGAUGAGAAAACAAAAACCUGCUGUGGACUAAACAACCCAUUUGUUAACUAAUUAUCAAUAGCCACAUUCUGACGCCAAACAAUAAAUGGUCCCAAUAGCCAUGGCAACAGGAUGCUAAAACAGCUACAUUUCACCAGCCAUGCAAGCAGAUAUUCUGGCACACCCAGGCACGGUUUAAGUGCCUUAUGGGUGAAAUGGCAAUUCUAAUUCACACUAGAGGUUGUAAGAACAGAGCCCAGGCAUACAGUAUCUUCUAGACUGAUAAAAAUAGAAACGACUUGUAAUGUUGAAACUCUCCCUUAAUAGCCUGAGUUAUCAAAAACACAGGCGAGGCUUUCAAAAGUACCAUGCAGAGUGUCUUCUUCACUUACCUUGGGGGGGGGGGGGUUGUUCUUCACCUUUCCCCAACAUAUUUUCCCUCCAACUCAAGCACAUUUUAAAAUGUAUAUCAUUCCAUAUUAAAUUACAGACAAGAAAACUGCAAGUCCAGGACAGGCUUUUAACUGUUCAGCAAGUAAAGUUUCCUCCAUUUAUGUAUGCAAAAGUGCACACAACACAACUUAACUACCUUUCUGUCUCAUCACGGCUACCUAGGUAUGCACAUCUUGUUGAGAUGCUGUCUUUUAAAAGCCCUCCCAGAUGGCUUUAAACAUAAGCAAUACCUUGGGAUAGGUUUACUAUGAAUCCUGAGCAUUAGAGCAAAGUUACUCUCAUCCAUUGCUGUGAUUUUUAUGAACUCGGAUUCAAAAUUGUCUGAGAAACUUCUAAUGUUAACAGUUAAAGUAUUAGCGGCAUUGUGUAAAGUUGUGGGUAAAGUCCCAAACAUUGUGAGGUCUCCUUUACUCUCAAGCGGUUCAAAUAUUCAUGAUGGAUUUCUGUUGCCAGUUUUACAACGAUGAAAGCCACCUAUAUUCAUGUUGGAGGGUUAAAAUGUUCAUCUGUGCAUUAUCAUACUGCUUUGUUUGAACACUACAUUGGUCCUUAAUGUUCUAAGCAAUUUGGCAGAGACAAUCGAUAUGUCAAGACCCUGGACUACAACAAGAGGGAUGGUGGAUGAGAAUUAAAGUGAUGUAAAAGUGUUA